AUGAGUGAACUGGGACAUUUUGUUUUAUGGGAAGCAUGUAGAAGAGAAAUGGAGGACUAAAAGAAGCUAAAAGAAGAUAUGAGGUUGCUUUGGCAAGUAAGGUGAAAGUAAAUCCAAAGGGUUUCUACAGCUAUAUUAAUAGCAAAGGGAUAACGAGGGAUACAAUUGGUCCAUUGGAGAGACAGAGUGGGCAGUUAUCUGCAGAGCCAAAAGAGAUGCGGAAGAUAUUGAACAAUUUAUUUUCUUCGGUUUUCACCAAGGAGAAGGAUAUUGAAUUAUGUGAGGUAAGGGAAACUAGUAGAGUAGCUAUGGAUACUAUGAGUUUCAAAGUAAAAGAAGUACUGACACUUUUGAAAAAUAUAAAAGUGGAUAAGUCUCCAGGUCCUGACAGGAUAUUCCCUAAGACAUUGAGGGAAGUUAGUGUAGAAAUAGCCGGGGCUAUGACAGAAAUAUUUCAAAUGGCAUUAGAAACGGGAAUAGUCCCCGAGGAUUGGCGUACUGCGCAUGUUGUUCCAUUGUUUAAAAAGGGAUCUAAGAGUAAACCUAGCAAUUAUAAACCUGUUAGUUUGACUUCAGUGGUGGGCAAAUUAAUGGAAAAGAUAAUUAGAGAUAAUAUAUAUAAGCAUCUGGAUAAACAGGGUCUGAUUAGGAAGUCAACAUGGAUUUGUGCCUGGAAGGUCAUGUUUGAUUAAUUUUCAUGAAUUUUUUAAGAGGUCACUAGGGAAAUUGACGAGGGUAAAGCAGUGGAUGUUGUCUAUAUGGACUUUAGUAAGACCUUUGACAUGGUUCCUCAUGGAAGGUUGCUUAAGAAUGUUCAACUGUUGGGUAUAAAUGCAGGAGUAGCAAGAUGGAUUCAACAGUGGCUGAAAGGGUGAAGCCAGAGGGUAAUGGUGGAUGGCUGUUUGUCGGGAUGGAGGCAGGGAACUAGUGGGGUGCCUCAAGGAUCUGUGUUGGGUGCUUUGUUGUUUGUCAUGUACAUCAAUGAUCUGGAUGAAGGUGUGAUAAAUUGGAUUAGUAAGUAUGCAGAUGAUACCAAGAUAGAGGGUGUUGUGGAUAAUGAAGAGGCUUUCCAAAGUCUACAAAUGAUUUAGGCCAUUUGGAAGAAUGGGCUGAAAGAUGGCAGAUGCAGCUUAAUGCUGAUAAAUGUGAGGUGCUACACCUUGGCAGGACAAAUCAAAACAGGACGUACAUGGUAAAUGGUAGGGAAUUGAAGAAUACAGUUGAACAGAUGGAUCUGGGAAUAACCGUGCAUAGUUCCUUGGUGGAAUCUCAUAUAGAUAGGGUGGUAAAUAAAGCUUUUGGUAUGCUAGCCUUUAUAAAUCAGAGCAUUGAGUAUAGAAAUUGGGAUGUAAUGUUAAAAUUGUACAAGGCAUUGGUGAGACCAAAUCUGGAGUAUGGUGUACAAUUUUGGUCGCCCAAUUAUAGGAAGGAUAUCGACACAAUAGAGAGAGUACAGAGGAGGUUUACUAGAAUGUUGCCUGGGUUUCAACAACUAAGUUACAGAGAAAGGUUGAAUAAGUUAGGUCUUUAUUCUCUGGAGCGCAGAAGGUUAAGGGGGGAAUUGAUAGAGGUCUUUAAAAUGAUGAGAGGGAUAGACAAAGUUGAUGUGGACAAGCUUUUCCCUUUGAGAAUAGGGAAGAUUCAAACAAGAGGACAUGACAUCAGAAUUAAGGGACAGAAGUUUAGGGGUAACAUGAGGGGGAACGUCUUUACUCAGAGCGCGGUAGCGGUGUGGAAUGAGCUUCCAGUGGAAGUGGUGGAGACAGGUUCGUUGGUAUCAUUUACAAAUAAAUUGGAUAUGUAUAUGGAUGAGAAGGGAAUGGAGGGUUAUGGUAUGAGUGCAGGCAAGUGUGAAUAAGGGGGAAAAGUUGUUCGGCACGGAUUUGUAGAGCCGAAAUGGCCUGUUUCCGUGCUGUAAUUGUUAUAUGUGAUAUGGUUUUAUGAUAGUGUUAAUUUCCGGGGGUCGCUGGUCGGCAUGGCCUCGGUGGGCCGAAGCGGUUCGUGUCCGCGAUGUGUCUCUAAAUUAAACUGGACCUCGUCGAAAAAAAUGUGUUCAAAAGAACAAAUGAAUGCGUGCUUAGAAAAUUUAUAAAAUGGAACAGGAAUUGUCCAUACAGUCCUUCACCACAACACCUUUCAGAACGAUCCAGGUUGAUCGAAUUUCUUAUAUGGAAUGACAUGAAAGUUUAAGGAAAGAAAUGGAGGAGAUUGUAUAAAGCCCCCUCGAGUAAGCCAGACAAUCAAUAUGAGCAUUAAUCAUCAGCCUCAGGCCUCGUCCUCCUUUUAACAAUUGCCCCGAGUCUUCAAUUCCUUGACAUGUUGAAGUUUACAUGAAAUAUAUGAAGAGCUCUGAUCGGGAUCUAAAUGUUAUUUCUAUUAACUUGAACACAGAUCCGCUUACACCACCAGCUAUUGCUCUUGAUCAAAGGAAUGGGGUAUACGUGGAAGGAGAAACGGUCACAUUAACUUGUACCACGUCUGGGGAACAUCGCGGCAAAAUCUAUUUCUAUGAAGAACAGAGAUUGCUAACGUUUGUUCAACUCUUGACGAAAGAUAACACCGGACAAUUUUCAGUAACCAACCGACACCAGGGAAAGCAUUACCAGUGCAAAUAUGGAAUCUACGCCAAAGCACGAUGGUUAGAAUCGCAGCUGAGUGAGGCUGUGGCGAUAACCGUAACUGCUCCACUGCCACCGCCAGUGAUCUCUCUUGACAAAUCGACUGGAGUGUAUGCCAGAGAUGAAACAGUCAUUGUCGUCUGUCGAUCUAACAGUGGACAAAAGGAUAGAGUCCAGUUCUAUAGAGAAAACAAACUGCUGAAACGUCGUCAAAUCUUCAUCAAAGGCAACAUUGGAAUGUUCACGAUCAACAGGUCAAAUCAAGGAGGCCAGUACCAGUGCAAGUAUAGAACCAUUGUGCAAAUGAGGCGAUUAUGGUCCCACCUCAGCGAGCCUAUGACUGUCAUCGUCGCACAUUCGCCGAAACCACGUUUAUCCUUGGAUUCCCGACAUGCUGAGAGGGGCAGUCAAGUCACCUUUAACUGUACAAGCCCCUCGGAAACUCCUGGCUUCCUGUUCUACUUAUUCAAACAGGGAGAAACUCAUUACUCGGAUGUCCGAUCCGCUCAUGCGGGGAGCAAUACUGCAAGCUUCACCAAGAUGAACGUCGAGCACAACGAUGCAGGAAAUUACACGUGUGUGUACAAGACAGAAGGAAAGGGAAGGAUGUUGACAUCAGAACUGAGUGACACUGUGCGCCUAAUAGUGGGCAGUGGGGAAGAAUAGUACUCAGCGGGUUACUAUUAAUUGCCAGGAAACUUUGCAUAAAAGGAGGUCGAAUUUCCACUCUGCCUUAACAUUUCUCCUUCCAUUCUCUUAAUUGCAAGUGCCUGCUGCAAAACAAAAGGAUAUACAACGCUGGAGCGUUCACAACACAGAGUAAGACCCAUGCUUUGCUGAAAAAGUUUUGAUCAAUUUAACGUCAGUUUUGCUAUGUGAUUGCAACAGAUGGCAGCAAUGUGUAAACAUGUAAACUUGAGCAGAUUUGUUCUGGAGGAGAGAAUUCGACUCGUAAUUAUCCAUCGCAUGCGAUAAACGCAACCACGUUAACGUCUCAAAUAUAUGUGCGUUGUAUUCCUUGAAUUGUUACGCCCUUUAUAGCUCAUGUAUAUGAACACAAAUUCAAAUUUAAUAAAUGUCUUAAUUUUAGAAUUAUCUUGUAUUAAUUAUAAACGGUUCAUUUUGAACGACUGUAGCUCCGCUAUCAACACCAGAAUCCACUCCAAACUUCGCCAAGCUUGAUGACCUCGGAAAUAGCGUCCUCUCUGCCAUUGUAUCCUCGCCUUUCAGACCACAUUUAGUGAGGAUAGGUGAGAACACCAUCCCUACAAUGAAUAUCAACACUGGCGUCCCGCAUGGAUGCGUUCUCAAUCCCUUAUGACUGCACGGCCAAAUGCUGCACCAAUUCCAUAUACAAUUUCCAGAAGUCGGCAAGAUGGUAUGCUCGAUUACGACCAAAGACAAGACGGAGUAUAGGAAUGAGGCAAAUAACGUAGUCACGUGGUGUCUAGGCAAUGAUCUCGUUCUUGACGUCAGCUAGACCUCGGGAAGCGUUCGGGAAGCGUACUUGGUGUAACCGGCUUCAUUGUUGACCGAGUGGCACCUUCAAGUUCUUUGAUGUAAAUAUUACCAACAAUCUGUCAUGAACCAAGCACAUUUCUGCCACUGCCAAAAAACACACCAACCGUUCUAUUUCCUGAGGAGCGUGAAGAAUAAUCGGCACGUCUCCAAUGACUCUUACAAAACUGUGUAGACAUCCCGUAGAAAUCAUAUUGUUAUCUUGCUCGGAGCUUGGGUUAGGACCCGUUCUGCUCCAGACCGUAGUAAACUGCAAAGAGCUGUAGACGUAGCCCAGUCUAUCACACAGAACAGACAUUCUUCCAUUCACUCAAUCUAAUUUGGAAAAAUAAACACAUUCAUCAACUUUUGAACAUCCCGGCCAUUCCUUCCCUAUACCGCCAUACCGUGUCGGUGC